AUGGCACGACACGUCCCAGCGGUGCACCGCGUACCACUGGAGCUAUGGACGGUCGUCUUUACGUAUAUGGCACCGCACGAGAUUGUGCGCACUAUGCGUGCCAUGUUCGUGGCAGGUGUGUCAACGGCGCUCUGGCACCAGUUGUAUGUGCAGCGCGCUCAGCACAGCCCGCUCGCGGCCUAUACGUCGAGUCAAAUCGUAUCUGUUGAUGCGAUGGAGAGGGCUCUGCUCAUGCGCGACAAGAUGGAUCGCGCAUGGGCCACACGGGGAGCGCAGCCGGAGCGUGUGAUCCGAUUCCGCGCGCAUGUGAACCGCAUCACCAGCGUGCGCCUCGUUGUAGGCCCCCCACAUCCACGGGAAGGGGGCGUACAUACGCCAUGCUGGCUCCUUACCGGCUCUGUUGAUGGAUAUGUGCGGGUGUGGGACGUCAACCGCGUGUUGCAGCAGGAUGGCUCGCUCAAUGUCACGCCGGAGCUGGCUGUGGAUGCGCUGCUCCGGAGCACUUGCGACGAAAGCACUUGCGACGAGGAUGAGCCACGCGUGCUCCCGACGGACCCUGCCCAUGAUAUCAAGCGUUCCGCUCGGGCCUUUCUCGUGGCGGAGGUCGAUACUGGCGGCGACGUCACGUCGAUCGACGCGCAAGUGGAUCCGGAGAUGCGCACCAUGACCAUCGCUGUGGGGUCGUAUUAUAGCACGGCAGGCGCCCUGCUGUACGAACUGCGUUUGCGGUCCCUGCCACACAUGCUGGACAUUUGUGCUUCGCUGGAUCCCCCGGAGUGGGGCGGCACACAGUGUGUGUCGCUGCUGGAUGACGUGGUUGCCAUUGGCACCUAUACUGGGCGCAUAUACCUGCUUCACUGGCGCUCGGGCGAACGAACCGUGCUGGAGCAGCUGGACCGCGGCUCCAUUGCUGCGUUGGCGCUGCUAGAUACCCAUGUGGUAGCUGUGUCGCGCAUGGGUCAUAUCACCAUCUACGAGCGCUGCGGCACGGCGGACGCAACCCGGGUCGGGCAGCAUACCGUCGGGCAGCAUCCACUGCUCAGUGCGUCUCUCGGUACCGUCGAUGAGCGGCGUAUGGGCAUGUGUCGACGACCUGGUGCGGGGGAGCUUCCGCUGCUGUGUGUGGAUCCGACAGGCCUGACGCACUGGUCCUUGGACUACACACAUCCGACGGAGCCGCCGAGGCUCGUGGCCCACCAUGAAAUGUCGGAACGGCUGAUCGGUGCGUCAGUGGGCGCCUCGGGGCACCAUGGCAUCCUGGCGUCGAGUUUGGGGGGAGUCCCGCCGAUCUGUGCAGUGCGCCUGUAUACCCGGGACAAACCCCUGCUACCCAUUCGACCUACGCCCGACAUUGCAGUUCCCGGUGACUCGCUGCGCCCCGCCGCCUAG